CAUAAUUAGCUUAGCGGAUAGAAGAGAAACGAAACAUCAACAACAUGGCGAGCACCGCUCUCUCUGCCGCCGAAUCGGCAAACACCACCCGUCAGUCCCCAAAGAAGGAGGUAAAGGUGGAAGGUGAUGCUAUCAAAAAUGGGGUUUUCUUUUCUGAUGAAAAAAAACCUGACCUUAACGAUGGACUCGAUCACCUGGACAGCCCACAGUGCAUUGAGAGGUUCACAAAAUAUGAGAAUGAAUACACUCAUCGUUUGUUGGCCAAAUAUUUCUCUGGCAAAAGCCUUAAUGGAGGCACCAGUUUUUAUGAGGAAACAACAAUAGACGGUGAAAUUGUGAAGUCAAGCAGGUUAUUGUACGCUUAUGAAAAUGCACUGCACCGGCUUACACAUACAUGUUGCACAUACGUGUUGAUAAAUUCCUUAACCUCUUACACAUAUAGGUAAGAAAACAUUUAAAUUAAGUUUGUUAAAACACUCCCUGCAACUGAAGGUAUAUUGGUUGGUAUCAAUGGGAGAUUGGAAGGAGUAAAAGUCCAUGUUCAUUGUUGCAGGUGUGGUUUUUUUGUUUGUUGCAGGCGCGAGUAAAAAAACUUAACCAUAAGUAUUAUUAGUUAUUAAUCAUAGCCAUUGAUUAAUAUUAAAAUUAAGGGUUUUGAUUGGGAGUAACUAUUA